UCCAGAGAGGAUAGUAUCGUCUUUUCUCUGUAAGCGCAGUGGACAUUCAAUCCUGUUUAAGCGUCUUUCGAGCCUGUGAAAAUGGACUCGUACCUUUUCUACUGGCUUGAUUUGAACUGCUCAUAUUUCCACACUGAACGAUGCGAUCUGCUUAAGGGCUCGUUUCUCCACAGCUUUCUGUCCAAACAGAAGAUAUUAUGUUGGCAACACGCAUGAUGGGAACGGAGCUGGAAUACUGCAUAAUUUGAAACUAGUUUGUUUUUUAACCAUUGACUGCAUAACCGGGACAGAGAAACCGUUUGAUAACGACAUUGAUAAGAGGGAUGGCCUUAAGCUUUAUCACGAAGCUGCAUCUUGGCAACCACUUCUCAGCAGUUUACAGAUUUAUGUGUAGGAUUCCACCAUGGACCACAUCAUCUGCUGCCUACUGGUCCUGGGAGCCACAGUGAUCACUGCCCACAAGUGCCCCAUGUACUGUGAAUGCCGUAAUCUUUCAGAGUCUCUGGGGACAUUGUGCCCCUCCAAAGGUCUUCUUUUUGUGCCUUCAGACAUUGACCGCAGCACAGUGGAGCUACGGCUGGGAGGCAACUACAUCCUCUGCAUCAUGCAGCAGGACUUUGCUAACAUGAGUGACUUAGUGGACCUGACCCUCUCAAGGAACACAAUUAGCUACAUUCAGCCCUUUUCGUUUGGCGACCUGGAAAUGCUUCGCUCACUUCAUCUUGACAAUAACCGUUUAAUAGAGCUAGGCCCUAACGACUUGCGAGGCUUGGUCAACCUGCAGCAUCUGAUUAUAAACAACAACCAGUUGGGACGCAUCCAUGACAAGGCUUUUGAAGACCUGGCACUAGCUUUGGAGGAUUUAGAUCUUUCCUACAACAAUUUGAUGUUUCUGCCCUGGAACUCCGUCCAACAGAUGAUUAAUCUCCACCAGCUUAGUGUGGACCACAAUCUCUUGGAAUUUAUUCCAGAGGGCACCUUUGCAAACCUGGAAAAGUUGGCAAGACUUGAUUUGACAUCAAACCACUUGCAGAAGCUUCCCCCAGAUUCAGCCUUUGCUCGAGCACAGGAUCCAAUGAUCCUGACAGCACUGUAUGCUCCUCAACUGUCCCUGAGCCUUGGUGGGAACCCAUUGCACUGUAACUGUGAGAUGUUGUGGCUGCGUAGGCUUGAAAGACUGAAUGAACUGGAGACCUGUGCUUCCCCACCUGCCCUGAAGGGUCUUUACUUUUGGUAUGUAAAGGAAGAGGACUUUGUUUGUCAACCACCUCGUAUUAUACAGCAUACACAUAGGAUGCUUAUUUUAGAAGGCCAGAUGGCAACUUUAAGUUGUGAGGCCACUGGAGACCCCAACCCUACCAUCCACUGGAUGUCACCUGAUGAGCAGCUGCUUGGCAACUCUUCUCAAAUCACAGUGUUCAGCAAUGGAACUCUGAGUAUCACUAUUGCCACCUCCAAGGACUAUGGUACGUUCACUUGCAUUGCUUCCAAUGUUGCUGGGGAAUCCAGUGCCUCUGUGGAGGUGUCCAUCAUGCAGCUCCCACAUCUAAGCAAUGGCACUGGAAAGCCAGAACAACAAAACUCUCAUCUGUCUGACAUUGCAAACACUACAAAAAUUAGCAAGACUUCAAAAGGCCGACCAGAGAUGACCGUAUCUGUCUCAGAAGUGACAACUACUACAGCACUGGUCAAGUGGACAAUGAGAAAGUCUGUUCCAAGGGUGAAAAUGUACCAACUCCAGUACAAUUGCUCUGAUGAGGUUCUAAUCUACAGGAUGAUUCCAGCUUCAAAGAAAAAUUUCUUGUUGACAAAUCUGGUGUCGGGAACCCGCUAUGAUCUGUGCAUGCUGGCUGCCUGGGAUGACACUACUACCACAGUCACAGCCACCAGCGCGAUGGGCUGCACACGUUUCUUCACCCAGGAUGGAUAUGUUCAGUGCCAGUCUCUGUCCAGCAAACUGCUCGGAGGCAGCAUGAUCCUGGUGGUGGGGGGCAUCAUUGUGACCACCCUGCUAGCGUUCAUCGUUAUUCUCAUGGUGCACCACAAAGCUAUAGAUAUUGAACCAUCAUCAGGAAAGUUGAGCAUACUCAGAGACACACUCUCUCAGAUCAGUGUGGACCGACUUUGGCAAAAUGGAGUUCUUGUGCCCCGGCCUCAGUCUCAGCCUCAGACCGAACCGCAGGUCAAGGCCAACGUGACUCUGCAGAACGAGGUGGUGGAGUUCAAGUGUGACUCCCUCCAGAGCAGCCUCACCUCUUCUUCCUCAUCUUCCUCUACUUCUUCCUCAAACUCCCCAAACAGCACACUUCCAAACAUUUUAAGAUUAGCUCCCACCAAGCCCUUAUCCAACCUGGAUCACCUCCUCGGGACCAUAACCUCUCUGGAGCUGCGAAGGCCACAGGGCUGUGACCCCAGAGCGUUCAGCAGUGCCACAAUGACAACAAAGCUGAAUCAGACGCUGGAUUCCAGCCUCAGUCAGCUUCUCAUGCUGCCUCUGGACCCCAAGCCAAAAAGGAGUCAGUCUUUUGACUCAGGAGACACAAUGAAUACCAGUGCUUCUCAGCUUCACAGCAAAUCUUGCAGAAUCAGUAGCAUUUGGACAAAGAGGAGACUAUCUGCCAAUGGACUGCUACUGCAGUCUGAGAAGGAACAGGAUAAAGGAGGGAGUAAGGGGACAUUAGACAGUGCUGACUGGGUGUUGGAAAGUACUGUUUAGGACAUUAGUCUUACUGCACCAAACAUUCACUGCCAAAACUGAUGCUCAGUUGCCUUACCAAGUCAAAACCACUGGAUGACAAGGUUUUGUGUUGCAUGAGGCAAACCAAUUUGCAUCCCUUCCACUCCUUCCUUAUAAUUUAAGUGCAAUAACUGAAUGCAAGAGGAAUACAAUCAAGGAUUCUUUUGUUUCCGUUCGUCUGUUACACAGAUUUUCCCUUGGGUGCUUCUCAUAGACUGCUACUGUACAAUAUUGUACAGUACUGUAUGUUAGUAAAGUUUUAAAUUAAAUUUCAGUUUUUUAUAUUUUUAAUUUACUCAUCAACUAUAAAUUAUCCAUUACAUGUCAUUUGACAGAGAAGCAAUAAAAGUAUGAUACCCAUUAAUGCUGAGUGGAUAAACAGCAUAUAUGUCCUUUUUUUAUACAAACUAUAUGUUUAAAGGGGAACUCAAUAAUUGUGUAUGUUCAUGAUAUGAAAUCCUGUGUGACUGCAUAAAGUCUGAAAUGCUGUUGUUUUGUAUAAAAAUGCCAAAUGGCAGUAAAAGGAAAUCGAUGCAAAGGAUGGGAUAAACAACAUCAUAUCGCUUGUUAGUCUAUAACAGGCAAAU